CGCUUCCACUUCUAUGUACGCUGAAAUUCCCCAGAAAACCCCGUCUCUCUCUAUCUGUCUCUCUCUCUCGUCUGUCCCAAACAGGGAUCCAUGCGUCGCGGCAAACUGCUCUCCCAUCUGCUCAUCUUCUCUGUCCUCGUCCUUUCUCUCCUCGCCCUCUCCGUCACAGGACGCCCCUUCGUUCUCCUUCUCAGCAAAGACGAUCUCAAAGACAACCCUUCCUCCUCAGAUGACUCGCCGGGUGACUCGUCCGACUGGGACGAGUUCGGCGAUUCCCAGACUCAGUCCGAAGAUGAUCUCGACCCAGGCUCAUGGCGCCCCAUACUCGACCCAACCUCCUCAAACUCCUCCUCUUCCUCCUCCUCCUCCGAAGAGGCCAUCUAUUUCGACGGCAUCCGUAGCAUGAUCUCCGCGGCCUCGGCCGGCGACCCCCGAUUGAUGGAGGAAGCUGCGUCUGAGAUCGAGGCCUCGGCCGGCCGGGGCUUCCCGCACGCCCAAUCGGCGUUGGGGUUUCUGCACGGCAUGGGCUGCAUGAGAGAUCAGAGCACUGCGAAGGCGUUCUUAUACCACCACUUUGCUGCGGAGGGCGGCAACAUGCAGUCCAAGAUGGCACUAGCGUACACAUACUUCCGGCAAGAGAUGUAUGAGAAGGCUGUUAAGCUUUAUGCCGAACUAGCCGAAUCUGCAGUGGCGAGCUUUUUGAUCUCCAAGGACCCACCGGUGAUCGAGCCUAUCAGGAUCCAUGCUGGAGCUGAGGAGAACAAAGAAGCAUUGCGGAAGUCACGUGGAGAAGAGGAUGAAGACUUCCAGAUUACAGAGUACCAAGCACGGAAAGGGAAUGCUGCAGCAAUGUACAAGAUUGGCAUAUACUAUUAUUUUGGCUUGAGAGGGGUAAGGCGCGACCACACGAAGGCACUUUCUUGGUUUUUGAAAGCCGUUGAGAAGGGGGAGCCAAGAUCGAUGGAGCUUCUUGGUGAGAUCUAUGCGAGGGGAGCCGGAGUGGAGAGGAACUACACAAAGGCGCUUGAGUGGCUUACGCUUGCAUCAAAGCAACAACAUUUUUCAGCAUAUAAUGGGAUGGGUUAUUUGUAUGUCAAAGGAUAUGGAGUGGACAAGAAGAAUUUCACGAAAGCAAAAGAGUACUUUGAGAAGGCUGCAGAGAAUGAUGAGCCUGGUGGGCAUUAUAACCUGGGGGUACUAUAUCUCAAAGGGAUAGGUGUGAAGAAGGAUGUGAAGACAGCAUGCAGGCAUUUUAUAACUGCAGCUAAUGCUGGUCAGCCAAAGGCCUUUUACCAGUUGGCAAAGAUGUUCCAGACUGGCAUUGCCCUCAAAAAGAAUCUUCAGAUGGCUACUGCAUUGUACAAAUUAGUUGCAGAGAGAGGGCCUUGGAGUUCCUUAUCAAGGUGGGCUUUAGAGUCUUACCUGAAAGGUGAUGUGGGCAGAGCAUUCCUCCUGUACUCAAGAUUGGCGGAGCUUGGAUAUGAGGUGGCACAGAGCAAUGCUGCUUGGAUUCUUGACAAAUAUGGGGAACGCAGUAUGUGCAUGGGAGAAUCUGGAUUCUGCACAGAUGCAGAAAGGCACCAACGUGCACAUUCUUUGUGGUGGCAAGCUUCUGAACAGGGCAACGAACAUGCUGCUUUGCUGAUUGGGGAUGCAUAUUACUAUGGUCGGGGUACUGAGAGAGACUAUGAACGUGCUGCAGAGGCUUACAAUCAUGCCCACAUGCAGUCCAAUGCUCAAGCCACGUUCAACCUUGGAUACAUGCACGAGCAUGGACAGGGGCUUCCUUUUGAUCUUCAUUUAGCAAAGCGUUAUUAUGAUCGGGCACUGGAGUAUGAUCCUGCGGCAAAGUUGCCCGUCUCUCUUGCUCUGACGAGCUUGUGGAUUCGGAAGAACUAUGCUGACAGUUUCCUGGUCGAUUUGAUUGAUUCGCUCCCCCAAGUCUACCCCAGAGUGGGAGCAUGGGUAGAGGAUGUGGUCAUGGAUGAAGGGAAUGCGACCAUCCUUACCCUCAUGGUCUGCCUGUUGACAGUCCUUUAUCUCCGUGAGCGGCAAAGACGGCAUGCUGUGGCACCUCCUCUCCAGCCCAAUGAUGCACCCAACUAACUAACAGGGACGGUUGGAAAGUCAUAGCCACACUAAUAGGGAAGAUGUAAAAGAUAAAAAAAGAAAAGAAAAGAUAAGGUAUUUUCUCUAUUCUCUUUCAUUUAUACUUUUGGAAGUGGUUUUGACAGUUAUUGGAUUUUUCUCCCAACUAAAAGCAUUGUUUAUAUGAGAGUAGUGAAGAGGGAGGAGAUUUUGCGGGUACAGGGAUCCCAAGCCGUAGAGUACUCCCAAUACAGUGACAACCAUUUGUAACAAUAAAUAGAAAAUAGCAAUUUAGUUUGGGGAUGAUGAAGAGCAGUUGAAUUUUUUAUUUUUAUUUUUAUUCUCU